UCUGUUUGGACAGUUUUCACACAUACGUAGUAAAGAACAAAAAAAAAUAGUUGACCUUAGUGCGUUUCUCUUAUAUUCCAAUCUCAUCACUUCAAUUAUAUUUUUGAUCGUGAUCAUUCAUGGCUGUUGUUGGUGAAGCUUUUCUGUCUGCUUUCCUUGAAGCUGUCCUUAAUGAUGCUGAACAGAAACAACUCAAAGACUCUGCUGUUAACAACUAGUUUGAUGACCUCAAAGAUGCUCCCUAUAUAGCUGACGACCUUCUCGAUCAUAUCUCUACUAAAGUUUCUAUUUCCAAGAACAAGGAGAAGCAUGUGAGUAGUACUAACUACUUCUCUCGCUUUUUCAACUUUGAAGAUAGGGAUAUGGUUUUUAAGUUGGAAGAUAUAUAUAGUUGCUAGGCUUGAAUACAUUCUCAAAUUCAAAGAUAUUCUUAGUCUUCAACAUGUUGCAACUGAUCACCACUCUUCUUGGAGAACUCCAUCCACCUCUCUAGAUGCCGGCGAAUCUAACUUAUUUGGUAGGGAUCAAGACAAAAUUGCCAUAGACGAUGAUCAUGUUGAUGAUAAGACUUGUAUGACUGUGAUCCCCAUAGUUGGCAUGGGUGGUGUGGGAAAAAUCACUUUAGCCCAAUCUGUAUACAAUCGCAGUAUACAGCAGAAAUUUGAUGUUCAAGCAUGGGUUUGUGUCUCUGAUGAUUUUGAUGACUUGAAGGUUACAUAGGCUAUAUUGGAGUCAGUUACACAGAGUUCUUGUAACAUAAAUAACAAAGAGUUACUUCAUUGUGAUUUGAAGGAAAAACUGACUGGAAAAAAGUUCUUGAUUGUUUUGGACGAUGUUUGGAUCAAGGAUUAUAACAGUUGGAAUUCUCUUAUGAUGCCUCUUCAAUACGGAGCUAAGGGAAGCAAAAUUCUUGUAACAACGCGUAGUGAUAAAGUUGCUUCUAUGGUCCAAACUUUUCAAGGUUAUUCUCUUGAGAAAUUGUCUGAUGAAGAUUGUUGGUCAGUGUUUGCAAUCCAUGCAUGCCUUUCACCCGAACAAUCCACCGAGAAGACGGAUCUCCAAAAAACUGGUAGAGAGAUUGUUAGAAAAUGUAAGGGAUUGCCAUUAGCAGCAAAAUCACUUGGAGGCCUUUUGCGAAGUACACAUGACAUCAGUGAUUGGAAUAAUCUACUACAUAGUAACAUUUGGGAAACUCAGAGUAAGAUCAUUCCAGCAUUGAGAAUUAGUUAUCAACAUCUACCCCCUUAUUUGAAACGCUGCUUUGUUUACUGUUCAUUGUUUCCUAAGGAUCAUGAAUUUUACAGAGAGGAACUGAUCUUGUUGUGGAUGGCAGAAGAUCUUUUACAGCCUCCAAAAACUGUCAGUUGUAUGGGUUGUGCUCAACUCAUUGAACUGAGAGUCACAGCAAACAUUUUAUUCCAUACUUUCAGAUGGUGGACAUCUUCAAUUGCUGGACCUACUGCAGAAACUUUUAUCCACGAGAAUAAACGGUUAUCAAACUUGUUGAAUAAGUCGCUGCUGGAAUAUGUAGCUGAACACUCCAUGAAGGAAAUUCCAAACCAGAUGGCUCCAGAGAUAUCAAAUCUGUUAACUAUGCUGGAAUACCGGUUAUGUUGGCUUUGGUUUGUACAACCACGGAGACAGCCGCCAGCCAUACUUCUGUGUGUCCAUGUUUCCAAGGAUCACCCCUCUAUUGGAUUCCUUUCUCAGGGUGAAGAUAAGAAGGAGAAUAACAAAAACGUUCCUUUUUCCCAUUUAACAUACUCCAUUAACACUGUUACAACUAGCUUGGUAGCUUUGGAACUCCUUCUGGAAAGUGUGGAGUUUACCUUAAGGGAGAUAGCCACGGUUCUAAUUCUAGCAUUAUUGUUGAAAAGGUGCGCUAAAACAAAAGCGACUGUGUCAUAAAAUUAGUUGAAGAGAAUUUCAAAACCAAUUUGUGUCCUGGUUUAUCAAGGAAAUUCGCAGUGGAAGCUGUCUGCAUCUGGUAAUGCUCCUUUUUUCAAUUAUCCUCACUAUUUUGAGGACUAUGGUUAUCCUCGUCACCCACAAAAACAGAACAACCAUCCUCUGUAGGCUUGUAUUUAAGUGUACUAGAAUCGAGACUGAAAUAUAAAUAGAUAGGAGACAAAUAGGGAUUGAAAUAUAAAUUGAAUUAAAAUAAAGACAUGUACUUGCAACCAGAGGGUAAUUCCUAUGUUAAUAAUAAUGUCCAAUAGAAGAAUUGCAGAACAAUUAAUUACAAAUAUGCAUAUCAUAAAUCUUGUCUUUACUGUGACAUAGGUGUGGGAGUGGGGGUAUAGAAGAGUAUUCAAAAAAAGUUUUCUUGAAUUAUCUCAACAGUCAUGAAUCUGACCUUCUCUAACAACAAUGCCAUACUUCCGCUUCGACUCAUCUUGUGCAGACUGAGAUCGCUCUCUUGCUGCAGCCAACCUUGUUUCAGCAACACUGCCACAGCUAUUUCAGAACUAGCAGUGCCUUCUUUAGUUUUCUGCCUUGAUGAAACUUGUUCAUAUUUUCUUCUCCAGCUCAUGAAUUCUUGAUUGGUAGAGUCCAAUGAAUUUAAUAUGUUAGAAUAUGCUCUCAUCCAGUAAGUGACGAUUGGCCGGGAAACUUGAACUGAUUUGUCAUAUUCACAUAAAAGAGCAUCAAGAACCUGAACGAUGCAACAAUGUAAUGAUGAUUUUUUUUUCUCUAUAUACAAGUUUAUGUUAUGGAAUAAAGGUCCGACCAUUACAUCAA